GUGUGGAUUAGUGAACCUGCUCCCUGUGGACUACCAACGCAGAAAUGAUUAAGAAAAUGUCCCCGUCCGAGAACGACUUUGACAUCCCGGCUAAGAACUGCCACCGCAUGGUCGUGCUCGGCUCGACCAAGGUGGGCAAGACUGCCAUCAUCUCCCGCUUUCUGAACGAGCGCUUCGAUGAUCAGUACACGCCCACCAUCGAGGACUUUCACCGCAAGUUCUACAGCAUCCGUGGGGACGUGUACCAGCUGGACAUCCUGGACACGUCCGGCAAUCAUCCCUUCCCUGCCAUGAGGAGGCUGUCCAUUCUGACAGGUGAUGUCUUCAUCCUGGUGUUCAGUUUGGACAACCGUGCCUCCUUCCACGAGGUGCAGCGCCUCAAGAGGCAGAUCUUCGAGACCAAGUCAUGCCUCAAGACCAAAACAAAAGAGGACACAGAAGUGCCGCUGGUCAUCUGCGGCAACAAGUGCGACCGUGAGUUCACCCGAGAGGUUUCCGACGAGGAGAUCGAGCGCCUGGUGGCGGGAGACGAGCGCUGCGCCUACUUCGAGGUAUCGGCCAAGCGCAACACCAACAUUGAUGUCAUGUUCCACGCGCUCUUCUCCAUGGCAAAGCUUCCUGACGAGAUGAGUCCAGACAGGCACCGCAAGAUUUCCCUGCAGUGCGGGGACGUGCUGCACCGCAAGUCCCUGCGCAAUCGAAAGUUCAAGGAGGGAGGCAACGCGUACGGCAUAGUCGCGCCCUUCGCAAGACGGCCGAGUGUGCACAGCGACCUGAUUUACAUUAAAGAGAAAGCGUUAAAUCAGGGGAGCAAGGAUCGCUGUGUUAUUUGCUGAAGGGACUCAAGAGAGAUGUCUGAACUUAAACACACCCAGAGUGGUACCGCCUUACAGGCCGACUUUGCUCUCUCCUGUCAGAAAACGGCGAGGCCAGCGCGUGCCGCUUAGAGCUGCAUGUCGUGAUCCGUCAGAGACGCUUAACCUGAAUGCUACAGGUUAAAAACGUGGAGAUUUUUCCGCAGAUCUGCUGUAAAAACCAGAGUCUGUGGAAGAAACAGUCCCAACCGACGAGUUGGAUGUGACGCUUGAGCACUUGUUUACAUUUUGUUUUAUAUGACUUAAAAAAAAGAACUUAAAUGUCAGUGGCAAUGUGAACAAACAUGAAUGUAUAUUUAUUCUUUUAUGUGAGCUUUUUGGUAUAAAAAUGGAAAAUAAAACU